AUGUUUCUUCAAACCUUUCUGAGUGGUUAUGCAAUUGCGCAGUCCGUCACCUCUGGUGCCGAUGGCACCGCCGUUGCGAGCUCUGCAGCGUCUAUAACGACUUCGCUCGAACUCACUGUAGAUGACCUGUGGGACAUCGCCGUUGGCCCCGUGUCGAGCGCCAACAUCACCACUACUGUUGAGGCCACAGCGGUCCCCUCGAGCUCACUGGUCCCACCGCCUUUUCUUGCUUCGUAUAGCUUCCCCACGGGACGGCAGAUUCCCGAGGUCACGGAGAAUGCAUCUUGGAGCUUCCCUAAGGAUUUCAUGCUCGGUGUUGCUGGUGCCGCGUUCCAGGUUGAAGGGGCUGCAAACGCCGAGGGACGCGGGCCGAGCGUUUGGGACAGGUUGACGCGCGUGCCUGGCUAUACAGCCGAGAACCAGACUGGUGACAUUACUGAUAAUCAUUACUUUCUCUACAAGCAGGCCACCUUGUAUCAUUGGGACACGCCACUCUUCCUGCAAGAUAAGUACGGCAGCUGGCUCUCCGAAGACAUUGUUGCCGACUUUGUUGAAUACGCAAGAACCUGCUACGAGGCUUUUGGUGACCGUGUGAGCAAUUGGUAUACUCUGAAUGAACCCAUCGUGUUCUGCAACCAGUAUCCCCUACCUGCACAGUAUUUCAAGAACUUUACCAUCCCUUUCAAGCAGCAGCCGUAUUUAUGCGGCCGUAACGUUCUGCUCGCCCACUCGCAGGCAUACCAUCUGGGCAAGCAGGUUCUGGGAAACGACACGCUCAUCUCGUACAAGAACAACGGCGGCUACAAGAUCCCACUGACCAACUCCUCCGAAGAUGCUGAAGCCGUGCAGAGGGCGUAUGACUUUAACGAGGGCUGGUUCGCCGACCCUGUCUUCCUCACCGGAACCUGGCCCGACUCCCUGGACGCGUACGUGUCGACGUUCCUGGAGCCGUUCACAGACGACGAGAAGGCCCUGAUCAAGGGCUCGACGGACCUCUUCGCGCAUGACGCCUACACGUCGCAGUUCUACUUCGCGCCCGAGGGCGGCAUCGAGGCGUGCCUGAGCAACGAGACGAACCCGCUGUGGCCCGGGUGCUUCAACACGAGCUACGCCUACAGCGCGACGACGGAGGGCGGGUGGCUGAUCGGCGCGGCUGCGGACCCGCUGGCGCCGUGGUUGCACAAGGCCACAGACUGGAUGCCGGCGCUGCUGCAUUACAUCACCGACAAGUGGCAGCCGCCGGAGGGCCGCAUUGUGGUGAGCGAGUUUGGGUUCGCGGAGCCGUUUGAGGUGUACAAGACGCUAGUACCGGACAUCCUUACGGAUCAGAUACGCUCGGACUACUACCGCGACUACAUGGAGGGCAUCCUGAUCGGGCUGAGCGAGGGCCUCAAUGUCCUGGGCAGCCUCGCGUGGAGCUUUGUGGACAACCUGGAGUGGUCGAGCGGGUUCCAGGUAAGGUUUGGGAUUCAGUACGUUGAUUUCGAGAGUGAUGCGUUGGACCGGUAUUAUAAGGCGUCGUUCUUCCAGUAUGUUGAUGUGUACAAGAGAUAUGUUGAGAAAUAG